ACUUCCUACUGACCACUGAUUGAGGCUGUAAAUCAACCGUCACACACUGCCAUCGAGAAACUGGGUGUGUAUGUGUGUGUAAGUGGGAAGCCACAGAUGAGUCAAAAAAUUUGUGAGGGGCAGGAUUUCCUUUAUAAUAUAUAGGAUGUGUUGAGUAGGACAAAGCUGUACGGGCAGCACACAGCCCGACAUCAUGUCACCCAGUUCCAUACCAGUGAUCUGUGCCCUUUUGACCUGGAAUACGCCCCCCCACCAUGACAACAUCUGGAUCCCGAGCCUUCCUGCUCUUCCUCUUCCUCCUCCUCCUCGGCUCCCUCUUGCCCCUGCUUUAUUACAGCUUCUUGGACCGGAAGCUUGAGCAGCAGAAAUGUCAUCUGAAUGCUCCCCGGAGGAACAUCAGUGUCCUGCUGUGGCACUGGCCGUUCGGCCGCUCCUACAGCCUUGACGGGGACAAGUGCCUCGAGAUGUACAACAUCAGCCGCUGCUUCCUCACUGAUAACACCACCGCCUUCUCCGCCGCUGAUGUGGUCGUCUUCCACCACCAUGAGGUAAGCAGAGGUAUGUCCCCGCUGCCCCUGCACCAGGAACGCCCGGCCACCCAGCAUUGGGUGUGGUUGUCCAUGGAGCCUCCUGUCAACAGUGUGAACCUCUCGCAGCUCAACGGCCUCUUCAACUGGACCAUGAGCUACAGACGCGAUGCAGACAUAUCCAUCCCCUAUGGAAAGACCGUGUUAGGAGGCGAUGAGCUCAACUUCCAGGCUGCUCCAAACCGCUCCUGCUUUGUCAGCUGGGUGGUAAGCAAAUACCGGCCUCACCAGGCUCGGGCUAGGGUUUACCAAAGUCUAAAGAAGUAUAUUCCCAUAGAGGUGUACGGCAGGUGGAACAAGAAACCCCUGUCGAACAAUAAGCUGUUGCCAACCAUCGCAAACUGCCUUUUUUACCUGUCUUUUGAGAACUCUGAGGCAAAGGACUACAUCAGUGAGAAGCUGUGGAGGAACGCGUUCCAAGCUGGAGCCGUGCCUGUGGUUCUCGGCCCAAGCAGGACCACCUACGAGGCCCUGGCUCCCCCAGGUUCCUUUAUCCAUGUGGCUGAUUUCAAGAGCACAGCGGAUCUAGCUGCCUAUCUGAAGCGUGUGGCUGCAGACAAGCAGACCUAUGAGAAGUACUUCCAGUGGCGGCACACUCACAGAAUAAAAACCUACACAGACUGGAGAGAAAGGCUCUGUCAAAUCUGCGUGAAGUACCCCAGUUUACCAGCCCACAGAGUCUAUCAGGACCUGGAGGGCUGGGUUUACAGCUAAGAUUUUUAUCUUUUCAUGCUUUCAGGUCACUGAAGUGUUUUGAUUGGGACUGCUGAUACUGCUGGGUUACCACAUGCAAAUGUGAAAUACCAAACAGUGACAAUUUGAUGUGGGAUUUACAUUCAGGUAUUUAGUUUUGGUAAACUGUGAGGAACUGCACACCACAGAAACGAAUCUCAAGUGGUUUGUUGGGUUGGUCAUGUGCUGUUAAAAAAAGCGGAAGUGGGAACGUGUGAGUAACCAUAAAUAAGCAUGUUCUCUUUGCUCUAACCACGGAAGAAAGGUUCUAUUUACAAUGGGCCACUGAUUACUGUAAGCAGUGAGGGUAUGUAAUUAUUCUUUACCUGAAAUGUCUGCUCAUCCAAAACAACAGACAUUUUGUUUUCCUUCCUUGAUUAUGUUUGUCUGCUCAGGGCCCCAGUGUGUUUCAGACUAAGUACUUUUAGAUCUCCUGCUUAGUAUUAGGAAAUGACAUGGUUACGCAAAAAUAACUUUAAUAGUAAGGAGAUAAUAAUAACGGUAGGGAUGCACCAAUCGGGAAAUUCUGGGCCGAUACCCCUUGUUUAUAAUAACAAUUUGUUGGAAAUAAACAAGGUUGAAAAAUAGCCAACACAGCAUUUAACCAGUGCAAAAUGAUGCAACAACGAAUACAUCUGCCACUGACAUUGAAGAAUGUUAUCUUAUUUGCUGAUAUGCUGAUGUCAGUCAAUGAGGCGAAUAUCGGCUGACACCGAUGUUUGGCAGAUAAAUCGGUGCAUCCCUACAUUACAUACAUAUGUGUGGCGCUUUUCUUAACAUUUUAAAUUUUUACUUUUAAGUGCUUUAAACAUGUAACAAUUACGCAUUGAAAUGUAAAAACAAACAACUAGACUUCUUGUUAUACUUGUAAUUGUUGUAUAUUUUGUUACAAAUCUGACAUUUCAUCAGGUAACGCUGUGUUUAUUACUUACCUUUAGUUACUGUAACUCCCGGGUACCAUGGUGGAGAGUGAGAGGCAGUCUUGAAACCUAAUGUGAA